AUGGCCGAGAACAUUACACCCGCGUCUCUCCCACCUCCCCCGUCCGCUGCCGCCGCUGGCGCUCCGGGCUAUGAAGCGGCCCCCGGUACGGCUCCCGGCUCCGCGAUGCCGCCUCCACCCACCCUACCACCCAUGGUAAUCCCUCAGAACAAUAACCCAGUCCCGCAGGCGGUCGACCCCAACAGUGUCUUCGAUCACCAAUUCGAUCCCAAUGACGGCUCCGACCCCAACAGUGCAUUGUCUCCGGGUGGACAGGUCCGCCGCAUGGCUCCCGAACCUAACAAGCGUGCCCUCUAUGUUGGUGGCCUUGACGCUCGAGUCACCGAGGACGUCCUGAAGCAGAUUUUCGAGACUACUGGCCAUGUGGUCAGUGUCAAGAUCAUCCCAGACAAAAAUUACAACGCUAAGGGCUCCAACUACGGGUUUGUCGAGUACGAUGACCCAGCUGCAGCUGAACGUGCCAUGAGCACUCUCAAUGGCCGACGAGUACACCAGCAUGAGAUCCGUGUUAACUGGGCUUAUCAAUCCAACAACACCAACAAGGAGGAUACUUCCAACCAUUUCCAUAUCUUUGUAGGUGAUUUGAGCAACGAGGUCAAUGAUGAGGUUCUCCUGCAGGCCUUCUCCGCUUUCGGAACUGUCUCAGAAGCUCGCGUGAUGUGGGAUAUGAAGACAGGUCGUACGCGAGGCUACGGCUUCGUGGCAUAUCGUGACCGGGGCGAGGCCGAGAAAGCGCUGGCGCAAAUGGAUGGCGAAUGGCUUGGAAGCCGUGCCAUCCGUUGUAAUUGGGCAAACCAAAAGGGUCAACCGAGUAUCUCUCAGCAGGCGGCUAUGGCGGCUAUGGGCAUGACGCCCACUACUCCUUUUGGUCAUCACCACUUUCCGACUCAGGGUGUCCAGUCUUACGAGAUGGUUGUCAACCAGACCCCAUCUUGGCAGACCACCUGCUAUGUUGGCAAUCUUACGCCUUACACAACGCAAGCCGAUCUUGUGCCCCUUUUCCAGAACUUUGGCUAUGUCGUGGAGACCCGUUUCCAGUCUGAUAGAGGCUUCUCAUUCAUCAAAAUGGAUACCCAUGAGAAUGCUGCGAUGGCUAUCUGUCAACUUUCUGGCUACAACGUCAACGGCCGUCCUUUGAAGUGCUCCUGGGGCAAAGAUCGCCCGCCGACUGGCCAAUUUGACUAUUCCCCGCAAACAUCCAUCCCUUCUGCCGGCACCCCUUCAAGCUACAACCCGACGUCUCCAUACUUCCCGCAAUACGGUGGGCCAAACCCAAUGAGCGGCAACCCGAUGGGCGCAAAUCCGAUGGGCGGAAAUCCGAUGAGUGCCAAUCCAAUGAGCCCCCACGGUCCUGGCCCUACAGCUCGCUGGGCUGAUCAGAUGGCAAGCCCAUAUGCACAGACUCCACAGUCGGCCUUCCCUCAGGUGCCUCCCAGUGCCGGGGGGUAUGGUGCCCCCAGUGGUCACGGCGGCCGAUUCCAACCGCAAAUGACCCCAUUUCAAAACGCCCCUCAACAUCCCGGCAACGGUUAUCCCGGGUAUCAGCAGUAA